AUGCCCAACUACGCAAUCACCGACACCCUCCCCCUCCCCAACACCGCCGGCCGCAUCCCCCGCCUCGGCUUCGGCGUCUACCGCUCCCCACCAAACCAAUGCGUGACCUCGUGCCUUAAAGCCUUCGAAACCGGCUACCGCCAGAUCGACACAGCGCAAUUCUACGCGAACGAAGCCGAAGUUGGCGAGGCGAUUCGGAAAUCGGGAAUCCCGCGCGACCAGAUCUUCGUGACGACUAAGAUCCUAAGCCCCGCGGGCUCGCCGGAGGCUACGUAUGACAAGUUGCUGGCUAGUGUUGAAAAGGUUGGGGGGCCUGGAGGGUAUGUGGAUUUGUUCCUGAUUCAUAGCUCCGGGUCUGGAAGUGCGGGGAGGAAGCAGCUUUGGCAGGCGUUGGAGAGGUUGUAUGAGGAGGGGAAGGCGAAGGCGAUUGGGGUUAGCAACUUUGGGGUUAAGCAUAUUGAAGAGCUUAAGCAGGGGGCGAAUGUGUGGCCGCCGCAUGUAAAUCAGAUUGAGCUCCACCCCUGGAACCAACAACGUGUGAUCGACGCAUACUGCAAGAAGAACGGUAUUGCCGUGCAAGCGUAUUCACCCAUUGUUCGCAACUACAAGGCCAACGACCCUACGCUGGUUGGGCUGGCCGAGAAGUACAAAAGGACGACGCAGCAGGUCUUGAUUCGCUACUCUUUGCAGAAGGAAUGGGUACCGCUGCCCAAGACAGACAACCCGGACCGGAUUAUUGCCAACGCUAGUGUUUUCGACUUUGAUAUUAGCGAGGAGGAUAUGGCUGUUCUGAACGCGCUUGAUCAGGGAAGCGCGGGGGCUAUUGUCGAGGCGGUUGAGAAUGAGUAA